CACCCUCCCCUGGGCGAGUUUGGGGCCAUGAAGAGCUUCUCGAAGCGCGAGGCCGACAGGAGGACGUUCUUGGAGCAGGUCCGGGAAAGCAAGGAGAAUGGCUACCUCCUCUCUUCCAAAAAAAUCGGGUCGGGGGCUUUCUCCAAAGUCUAUCUGGGUUACGCCACCCAGGAGAAGAUGAUGCAGAACUACAAGCUGGCCUCAGACCUCCGGAAUAAGCGGCACUCCAUGGUUGCUAUAAAGAUAAUUUCAACAGCAGAGGCACCUGUGGAAUAUACCAAAAAGUUCCUUCCAAGAGAAAUCUACUCCCUGAAUGUUACUUACAAGCACCUAAAUGUGAUCCAGCUCUAUGAGAUGUAUAGGAAUAGCAAGCGCACCUACCUGGUGCUGGAGCUUGCCUCCCGUGGAGACCUCCUGGAGCACAUCAACGCCACAUCUGACCGGAGGGAAUACCCCGGCCUGGAGGAGGAGGAGGCACGAAGGCUCUUCCGGCAGAUUGUCAGUGCUGUCGCACACUGUCACAAUGUUGGCAUUGUCCACAGAGAUUUGAAGUGCGAGAACAUUUUAUUGGACGAACGUGGCUUCAUUAAACUGACGGAUUUUGGCUUUGCCAACCGCUAUUCCUUGAAGAACUCACUAAUGAGCACCUUCUGUGGUUCUGUGGCCUACACCGCCCCCGAGAUCCUCAUGAGCAAGAAAUACAACGGGGAGCUGGCUGACCUAUGGAGCCUUGGGGUGAUCCUCUACGCCAUGGUGACAGGGAAGCUCCCCUUCAAGGAGCGCCAGCCGCACAAGAUGAUCCACGUGAUCAAGCAAGGCCUCGCUUUCCGGCAGCCGAUCUCACCAGAGUGCCAGAACCUCAUUGAGGGCUUGCUCCAGCUGAAGCCAGCAGCCCGCCUGGGGUUGCAGCAAGUGGCCACCCACCGCUGGAUGCUCCCAGCCACCUCGGCCAUCUUCCACCGGGUGAUGAGCUCCAUGGGAGUCCAUCCGGAGUGCGCCGUGGGCCAAGAAAAGCCCCAAGCGGCGCCAGCUGCAGCAGACCCUUCCCCUGCCGGGUCAUGA